AUUCGAAGCAGUGUUUGUUUUACUGCUCAACUAUAAUGACCAACAUCGCGUUAAGGAUUUGUGCAAACUUCGAAUUCGCUUAAAUUGAAUGCAUUGCCAUCAGUUUCAAUGUUUCGAGCGGGAAAUUUCGAAUCGUUUCGUUAUAUUGUAUAUAUUAUAUACAUUUAACUAGAAUUAUGAAGAUAAUUAAAUAUAUUGAAUCGAAAUCAGUAUUAAUUUUAUCAAUGAUAGCCGUGAUCGCGCUUGCAGGCUGCGUGGCAGCCGCCCCCGCGGAGGACGUGAUACCAAUCGUGGCCCAAAGCCAGGAAGGCCCGAACCCGGACGGCUCAUACAAGUGGAGUUACGAAUCUGGAAACGGGAUCAAGGCGCAAGAGGAGGGCCACUUGGAAAACGCUGGCCAAGAGAACGAGGCGAUGAACGCGCAGGGAAGCUUCAGUUAUCCCAGUGACGACGGCCAACAAAUCUCGUUGACGUAUAUAGCGAAUGAGGAAGGUUUCCAACCGCAGGGCGCUCACUUACCGACUACGCCGGAAAUACCGCCCCUCAUUCAAAAGGCGCUCGAUUGGAUAGCUGCACAUCCGAGCAAGGAGGACCAGAAUCAGGUAUAAAGGAUAGUACGUGCGUCAUCAGUGAUCUCAACGAGUCUGCAAUUCGAUCCAAUCCCUUUUGUACUAUUAUGGAUUAAAUUUUUUUUUUUUUUUUUUUUUUUUUUUAAACGAUGAGUCAUCCUUCAUCGUCGUCGUCGCCUCUUGCCGCCCGUCCUUCAAGCUCUAAUGAAACGCGUAUAUCACUCUCUAAUGGUUCAAUAUGUUUGUAAAUAAUUUAUUGUAUACUUUUUAUGGACUCAUAUAUUGUAUACAUAUAUGCAUUGUAUAUUGAUAUAUCUUAUGUCAUUAUUAUAUAUAUAUAUAUAAUAAUAAUAAAAUAUAUAUAUAUAUGUAUUAUGUAUAUUGCGUGUAUUGUAACGCGUCCAAACGCGACCACGUAGAAUCACGGGUAACGAGCAUAUAGAUAAUCGUUCCCGGACAUUACAGAAUAAAUGUUGCAAUUCAACAGAA